UUUAAGAAGUGGCUUCAGUGCAGAUGCGCGCGUCUCUGUGCGGUCACAACUUCUGAGGGGAGAACUGCAGGACAGGAACGUGCUUUUACCAGUCUUCCAUAAAAACGUAUAGCUGAGAGUUUAUUUUACAUCCACAUGGAAAUCAGAAGCAUUCCAUGAGUAGUUUACAACGAGACUAUAAUGACUGUAAACAGCGGUAGCUGAUGAAAUGCAGAUAAAAUCAUGGGAUUUCUGGAAGUGAUAUUUUAAAACAACCCAAGACCGGCGCUCGUUGACUCUUAAUUUUGGAUUUGAACAACAAACCCCGGAUUUAACAACAGUAAAUUGUUUAAAUCUUAUGAACUGAUGGAGUAUUUUCAUAAAUCAAUUCCAGUUCGUUUACCGCUCGCUUGACCGAAAAGCGCUCUUUCUGAGAGGAACUGAAUUCAGCGCAUCUCGCCGGUAUGGUGCGCCUGCUCAACUGCCUGGUCUUGGGGUAUUUGACAUGGAAUCUGCGGAUAUCUGAUGCCCGAGGAGAGUACUGUCACGGUUGGCUAGACAGCAGUGGAAAUUACCAAGAGGGCUUUCAGUGUCCGGAGGACUUUGAUACGGCGGACGCGACGGUGUGCUGCGGGAGCUGCUCGCUGCGCUACUGCUGCGCGGCCCCCGACGCGCGCCUCGACCAGGGGACGUGCACGAACGACAGAGAGGUGGAGAACGACACGCAAUAUGCUGCCCAGCCCAUCUACGUGCCCUUCCUGAUGGUGGGCUCCAUCUUCGUGGCGUUUGUAGUGGUGGGUUCUCUGGUGGCCGUGUACUGCUGCACCUGCCUGCGCCCCAAGCAGCCCACACAGCAGCCCAUCCGCUUCUCACUGCGCAGUCAGGGCGAAACCAUUCCCAUGAUCCUCACAACAGCCCCCCCCAGCCUGCGCACGCCCUCGCGUCAGUCCAGCACGGCCACCACCAGCUCCAGCUCGGCGGGAGGAGGCAGCUCCGUCCGGCGCUUGUCCCUGGGCCGGGGUGAUGGACUGGGACAGUGUUCGCAGCAGCAGCUCCUGAUGGUCUCAUCUUCCACAGCCUCCUCUCCUGUGUCCGUGGCCCCGGUGCAGCCACUACUGCCUCCACCUCCUCCACCGCCCUACACCUCCCAGCAGGGCAGUCACUCUCUCCAGUUACAGCACCACCAGCAGACCCUGCAAGGCUCCGGCUUCAUUCUGCCACAACAGUACUUCUUUCCCCUGCCGCAGGAACCGUUCUCCACAAACAAGGGCUUCGCUGACUUCAGCCAGAGCUGACCUGGGGUUCCCUGCUCGAAAGGAAACGGACACCAAAGAACAUGUCACACAAUGUCGUUGUUUUAGACUCGUAUUACAGGGGCUCCCGUUCAAGGAAACAGGCACUAGUGUGUCUUUCAGAAAGCUCGAUUGGCACUUGUGAGACUGCAGCUGGAAAUUAUGGUCCGUUAAAGCUGGUGAGAUAGUGAACUAUCAAUCUGACAGACACUUGAGUGCUGGAUACAACAUGGAAGCCUAAAUCUACAACUGAUCGUAUCUCAUAUGCACUUUCAAUCUGCUUAUUUUUUAAAUUUUUUAAGUCCAGGAGGUCAAUGACACUUUGGCUUCUGUAUUUGAGAUAAUUUGAUAUAUAGAUGGACAGAAUAUUACAUAAUCUCUAUCUCAUUUUAGGGGUCCUACACACAAAUGGUUUCAUGUCUAAAUGAGGGUUUUAUAGAAAUGAUCUUAUUUUUCCAAUGGGUCAGAUAUUGAAGGUUUAGUUGACGGUUUAAAACAGGCAUUCAUCAUGCAUUGAUUCUUGCUCCGUGUACGUCACAUAAGGAACAGUUUAACAUCAUACAAAUGUACAGCUACCUUUGGGAAAACCUCUUUUUAUGUUUGGAGAGCAUUCAUUCUUCAAUUUAGUAUAAUUUGUAGCAAUCUGAAAGCCAUUAUUGGCUUAGUUUCAGAUUACAUGGGUAACAGUUUGUUGUAUUUGAUAUGAGACGUUUUGUAAAUGAUCAGGUGUAUCUAAACGUACAGAGCUGCUGGAAGCACAUCAUGUGACGAGACGGCCUUCAAAUAAGUAUUACAGUCUCUAACCAACAGUGUUUUUGAGCUAAAUUAAAUGGAUUUAUCUUCCACUUA